AUGAAACAGAAAAUUAGUAUUUUCUUUUUCUUUGCUGUUAUUAUAAUAAUUGGUGCGCCACCCGUUGUUGAACAUCCAGCGGAAGACAAAGCUCAAACUACACCACAAGAUCCUCAAGGUUCAGACGAUGUGUUAGACAAUCUUGAAUACGGAAGAUAUUUAAAAGAAGUUGUUGAAAUCCUCGAAAGUGACCCUGAAUUCAAAAAGAAAAUUGAGAAUGCAUCUCUCGAUGAUAUUAAGUCAGGUAACAUUGCUGAACAUUUAAGUCUUGUUCAACAUCAUAUUCGUACACAACUUGAUGAAGCAAAACAACGAGAAAUGAUUCGAUUGAGAGAAUUGGUCGGUCAAAGAGCUCGUAAUUUAAGUGAUAAACAACGUGCUGCACUUGCUCGAUCUGAUGCAGGUGGAAAAUUGACGAGAGAAUUGCUUCCUCAACAUAUCGAUCAUAAAAACGUAGAAACAUUCGGUCAAACUGAUUUGGAACGUUUAAUUCGUCAUGCAUCCAGGGACCUUGAUGAAUUGGAUAGAAAGCGUGAAAAAGAAUUUAAAGAGUAUGAAAUGCAAAAAGAAUACGAACGUCGUGCAGAACUUGCUAAGCUUAGCCCUGAAGAACGUCAAAAAAUAGAAGCAACACAUGCCGAAGCAUUGGAAAAAAAGAAACAUCAUCCAAAAGUCAAUCAUCCUGGUAGUGUUGAUCAAAUAGAGAAAGUAUGGGAAGACGUUGAUAAAUUAGAUGCCGAUCAAUUUUCACCAAAAUCAUUUUUUAACUUACAUGAUAUCAAUACUGAUGGAUUUUUAGAUGAAGCUGAAAUUGAAGCUAUUAUGUUGAAAGAGGCUGAGAAAGUACACGAAGGAACACCCGAAGCUGAUCCAGUUGAAAAACAAGAAGAACUUGAUCGUAUGCGUCAACAUGUUCUCACUGAAUUCGAUAAAAAUGCAGAUCGAAUGCUUUCAUUGGAGGAAUUCUUGGUGGGUAUCAAUGGAACAGGAGCUAAAAACGAUCAAGGAUGGCAGUCAAUUGAAGAUAGCACAGUAUUUUCUGAUCAAGAUUUUAAUAAAUUCUCUGAAAAAAUGGCACCCGUAUCAACUUCAAUACCGAUUCAUCAAACUCCAUCACUGCCCAACAAUCAACAAGUCCCAAUUCACCCUGAAGCCGCAGUAGAACGUCCGGCAGCCGGUCAACAACAAAUCCACAUUCCUCGAGCUCCACCAGCUGUUAAUAAUCCUUAA